UCAGAACCCUUCUGCUCGUACCUCCGUGGGUCGUGUCUGCUCCACACUCGGCUCGGCUCGGCUCGGUUCGGUUCUGUUCGGGAGUUUCAUCACGUUUGUGUCCGGACACUUGGUUCCGUGGAGCUGCCGUGGAGGAGUGAACCCGGGGCCCGUGGGUCGUGUUCAGCAUGGGGGACGUGAUUUCCAGUCACCUGGAUGAAGCCAAGCGGGAGAUUAUUACAGCUCGGACCGGGGAGGUGAUGGGGGAGGUGGGCCGUCUGUAUGAGCAGCAGUACGCCGUCGCACUCUUCAACAAGGUCCGCUUCGACAUCGAGGGAGGAGGCGGACCCCAGCCUCAGCUACUGCACCGCAAGACCCCCCUGGAGGACAAGUCCAUCUUCUCCGGUUCCCUCUUCCAGUAUCAGGAGGAGAACAAGAAAUGGAGGAACCGCUUCGUCUUUGUUCCCGACUCGUACAUCAUCAACUAUUACGACAGCAAAGCAUCCCAUGACAAACAUCUGCAUCCCAAAGGAACCAUCAACUGUUCUGGAUACAAAGUGCUGACUUCCAUGGAGCAGUACCUGGAUCUGAUCAGCAACAGCCUCCCUGGUGUGAAAGCCAAAGUGGGAAGUUCCCCGUUCCUGAAAUGUGCCACCCAGUUCCCUCUGAUCCUCUGGCAUCCGUUCGCCCGACACUUCUACUUCUGCGUGGUGACCGAGAAGGAGCAGCAGAAGUGGAACGCCGUCCUGCAGGACUGUGUCCGCCACGCCAACGACGGUUUGUCGGAGGAGAAUAAAGUCCAAACACCGGCGUUCACAGACGCAGUCCGACUCUACCGCCAAGCUAAAGGCCAGUAUGGCACCUGGGAGAUGAUGUGUGGUGUUCCGUCACAAAUCCUGGCGAACCUGGUGAUGGAGGGUCUCCUCCCCGAGCUGAGGGAACUCAUCUCCCCCCGACUCAAAGGCAAACUGUACGAGAGGCAGAAGAACUGGAUGCUGAUCAGUGAUGCGGUCUACAGUCUGGUCCAGGGUCAGUGUCAGACCCAGUACGAGGACGUGGUGCAGAAAUGUGAGGCCAGUCGGACUUCGCUGGAGGCGUGUUUACGAACUGACAUGGACCAGAUCAUCACAUCCAAAGAACACGUCACCAACAAAAUCAGAGCCGUGGUGGUCCCAAAGGCUGAGAAGCUGCUGAAGGUGAGCAUCGAGCCCUACAUCGGCUCCAUCCUGGACGCUCUGAUGGAACCCACCAGCCGAGGGUUCUCCGAGGUCCGAGACGUGUUCUUCAGGGAACUGGUGGACAUGAGCAAGAACACCCUGAAUGAGGGAACGAAGGAGACGGUGGCUCAGCACAUGGACCGGAUCUCCAUGUUGGCCUUCCAUCCAGUGAAGAUGCAGAGCUGUUAUGAGAAGGUGGAGCAGCUGAGUCUGGAGGGUCUUCAGCAGAGGUUCGACGUCUCCAGCCCCUCGGUGUUCGUCCAGAGAGCCCAGAUCCUCAUGAGAGAGCAAAUGGACGACGCCGUGUACACAUUUGAGCAGAUCCUCCAUCAGAGUCUGGAGUCUCAGGGUUCGGAGGAGCUUUGUAAAACCAUCCAGCGCUGCCAGGACAGAGUCAUCAAGAAAUUCGACUACGACAGCAGCACGGUGAGGAAGCGUUUCUUCCGCGAGGCUCUGCUGCAGAUCUUCAUCCCCUACAUGUUGAAGCAGCUCACUCCCUCCUGUGCAUCCGACCUGCCGCACUUCCAGGAGCUGAUCUUUGAGGACUUCUCCCGCUUCAUCCUGGUGGAGAACAUCUUCGAGGAGGUGGUUCUGCACUCGGUCAUGAAGGACAUCAUGAUGGCUGUGAAGGAGGCGGCGGUCCAGAGGAGACACAACCUGUACCGCGACAGCAUCGUCCUCAGCAACAGCGACCCCAGCCUGCACCUCCUGGGGGAGAACCCCUCCAUCGACUGGGCCGGGGAGUACAAAGGAGAAAAGGAGGAGGUGGACGGCGCCGGGGACGACGGCGGCGAGUCCCAGAAGACAAGGAGGAUGAAGCAGGUGGUGUCCAUGAUCCAGGUGGAAGGAGCUCCGACGCUGCCCAGUGAGUCCUGUGUGGAGGUGCCUGGGGUGGAGGACAUUCCUGAGGAGGGAGGAGAGGAAGAGGAGGAGGAGGAGGAAGAGGAGGAGUCUCCUGAUGAGCAGCAGGACCAGAAUGCACCUGCAGAGAACGCCCAGGACUUGACAGAUGGUUUAAAGGAAGGGGGGGUGAAGCUGGAGGAGCAGGAGAAAGACAAGAUGGAGGUGAAGGAGGAGGUGAAGGAGGAGUCGAAGGGUUCGGAGAAAGAGAAAGAAGGACAGCCAGCUCCAAAGCAGGAGGUGUCGGAAAGUUUGGAGAAGGAGGAGGAGAAGCCGCCGUCAAACCCAGAGGCGUUGGAAAAUUCUAAAGAGGAGGUGAAGGAGGAGGAGUUACCCUCAAAAAAGGAGGUGUCGGAAAGUUCAGAGAAAAAGGAGAAGGAGGAGGAGCUGUCGUCAAACCAGGAGGUGUUGGAAAAUUCUAAGGAGGAGGUGAAAGAGGAGGAGUUACCCUCAAAAAAGGAGGUGUCGGAAACUCCAGAGAAGGAGGAGGAGGAGGAGGCGUCUGAAGGUUCAGUAAAAGAGGUGGGUCAGGAAGCGUCCAAGGAGGAGGAGCUACCGCUGCCUCCGCCUCCUGAGGAAGUCCCAUCUGGAUCCACAGGGGCGGCGCCGGAGGGCCCCCCCGAGGCGGCGGCGGCGUCCGACUUCCCCCCUCCCCCGCACGACGACAGCGGCUUCCAGUCUCCCACAGGCGAGGGGGCGGAGCCAGAGCCGGCCAACGCCAACAGCAGUGACUCUGAGGCCAGACAGCAGUGACGACAGGAUGUCAGCGCCGUCAGCCGGACCCGAACCGUCGACCCGAACGUUUAAAGACACUGGGAGCCGUUUUAACCACGUCUGUGUUCAGUUCCGGGGAAAUAAUCACUGCUCGUUUUCCGACGGCACCGUUAAAGCGGCUUCACCGAGCAGGACUCAGGUGCUCAUGUCAUCCUCUGUGUUAGUUUCAUGUGCCUUUGUAUUUUUCACUACUUUGUGUCAACUCCAAAGAUCCACAAACAUUCUACGUUUUCAUUUCUAUUCACGUGGUUUAAAUCAGAGGUGUCCAGUUCAUUUUAGUUCAUGUUCCAAAUGGGUCGAUCAGUAAAAUAAUAACAUAAUAACCUAUAAAUAAUGUCAACUCCAAACUUUUCUGUAUAUUUUAGAGCAAAAAAAAAAAGUCAAAUUAUAUUA